UAGGACGACUGUGUUGAAGGAAAUUUACCUCCCAGAACCAUUGGCAUUCGGCCAACUCUGAGACAUUCAUCUAUUUUCUCCUUAGCAUGACUCAAGGGUAAGCAUGGAGGUGGGAGGAAGAAACAGUGAGAAAUAGCAAGUCGACCAAAGACAGAGAGAGCAAGAGCGAGACAAGAGAAUGAGACAGACAGCGUCAGAGCGAGAGACGGAGAGAACCUGAGAGAGCAAAAGAUCGACAGAAAGCGUGAGACAGAGAGAGGAUAUCUGAACGUUUUCAACCUGUGAUAACGGUACGUGAUGCGAAUCCAAACCAGGGGCUCAUCCAACAUGCAGAGAUAAAGGAAAUUCCUCAGAAUGGAAUGCACCGAAGUGAGAUAAUAUUAGCCAAUUAUUUUCACAAGGGGAGGGCUGCCUAUGACAUUUUAUGAUUUUUGAGGGGUUCUACGUAUAUAAAAAACGUGAGCAGGGACAAGAAAAGCUGCCACUGAAGGAGUCUGAGGAUUGAGUUGUUUGGUGAUGAACAGCACUGUUCAUCCAAUGCGCAAGGUAUUGCGUGAUUGAAAAGUAAGGAUUUAGCAGCUCUGCAUGCGAUGCAAAUGAACUGGACAAACUAAAGGAAAACACACAGGCUUCUGCUUUAGCUGAAGUAGAAACUGGUAUGUUCUAGGGAGUAAACAAACCAAAAGACACCGGCUCCUGGACUACGAGUCAGAGAACCAACUCUUCACCUAACAUCCCCUUUACUGUGGUGGUACAACCUGUGCUUGGAUUACUGCCUGGAACAAGCUUGAGGCGACCUGUUCAGUUUUGGAGCGGCGGAGCUUUGUCGAUUGUGACGUGGCCCUUUUGGUUUGUACGCGGAGUCUGAGGAUGAGCUACCGCCCUGUGUGCUGGCUCUGAGCUGCCCUCCGCUGCCCUCCCCCGUGCCUGUGGGACCCUGUGAUCAUGCUGGCCAAGCCCCCUGAGCCAGCCAGAGCAGAACCACGACCCGUGCCCAGGUCAGCCAUUCCUUCCACAGCAGGAUGUCGCAGCCAGAUGCGGUCCCGCUGGGGACCAACGGCUCGGGGGCCGGGGAGGUGGCCGGGGCUCAGCUGCACUGGGCUGCUCUGCUCAUUAUCAUGGUUAUCAUCCCCACCAUCGGGGGCAACAUCCUGGUCAUCUUGGCCGUGUCGCUGGAGAGGAAGCUGCAGAACGCCACCAACUACUUCCUGAUGUCCCUGGCAGUGGCCGACCUGCUGGUGGGACUCCUGGUAAUGCCCAUUGCCCUCAUCACUGUGCUAUACAAUUCCGGGUGGCCUCUUCCGGAGUUCCUCUGCCCAAUCUGGCUCUUCCUGGACGUCCUGUUCUCCACAGCAUCCAUCAUGCACCUGUGUGCCAUCUCACUGGACCGCUACAUAGCCAUCAAGAAACCCAUUCAGCACAGCCAAUAUAAGUCCAGGUCCAAAGCCAUGGCCAAGAUAGCAGUGGUGUGGCUCAUAUCCAUUGGUAUCGCAAUCCCCAUUCCCAUCAAGGGGCUGAGAAACUACCAUCUUCCAAACAAUGUCACCUUCAACAGCAACCACACCUGCCUACUGAAACCAGACAGCUUCCGAGAGUUCAUCAUGUAUGGCUCCAUGACAGCUUUUUUCAUCCCUUUAACCAUCAUGAUGGUCAUCUACCUGCUCACCAUUCAGGUGUUGCGCAAGAAAGCUUUUCUGCUCAGGUCAAAGGUCACCCAGCGCUUCACUCGCCCAACAGUCUCCACAGUCUUCCAGAGGGAGCAGUCCAUGGGCUCUCCCACAACUGAGAAACUGCCAGGAAAUCCCACCGCUCCUACCAACCCCAUGACAAAUGAAGAUAUCCCCAUCCGUCGCAUGUCUACCAUGGGCAAGAAGUCCAUGCAAAACCUGACCAAUGAGCAGCGUGCCUCUAAGGUGCUCGGCAUCGUCUUCCUGCUGUUUGUGGUCAUGUGGUGCCCAUUCUUUAUCACUAACAUCACCUCUGUGCUUUGUGCGAGCUGCAACGUCAAUGUGAUCGGCCGUCUGAUGGAGAUCUUUGUGUGGGUGGGCUACGUGUCAUCUGGUAUCAACCCGCUGGUCUACACCCUCUUCAACAAGACUUUCCGCCAAGCCUUCACACGCUACAUCACCUUUAACUACAGCAGCAUCAGUAAUGGGCCAGCCAGCCAUACAAGGGAACAGCAUGGCUGCAGGAAUCUAACAAGGAUCUCCUUCCGUUCAUCUGUGGCGGAGAACUCUAAGCUGUUCAUGAAGCGGGGAAUGAAAAACGGCAUCGGGCCAGUGUGCUAUCAGAGUCAACUGAGCCGAAGGCAAGCACCAAUACAGUCCUCUGGCAGCGUUCUACUGGACACUCUGCUCCUUACUGAGAAUGAGGAUUGCAAAUCCGAAGAGCAUGUCAGUUACUUGUAGGCCUUUCAGAAAAUGCAGUCAGCAAAAGGGAAACAAUUAGAACCAGAAAGUCAGAUGUAAGAGGCACCCAAGGCUUGAGUUGUGAGCUCCCCAGGGGAGUCAAGAAAACAGUGUACUCUCAGGGGUGAAACAAAAAGAUGUAGAUUUCUGUCAAACAAAUAAGAGGCCCUCUGUACACAGAUAGCUGAACAUUAUGCGUAAAAUGAGACAACAGGUGUGUUGAGGUGGUUGCCCUCAAUAAAAGAUAAGCUGACAAGGGUCAGGUCGGACUGUUCUUAAGAAAGCCGCCAGAGAGAUAAAUACAUAAGGAAUGAAGACAUAUGACUGUCUGGAAACUCUCAGUGGAUACAAUGUAUAUUCCAAUGCUAAUCCUGUCACCUUGGGCUAUUUAGUUCUCUGCUAUGGACAAUUUCCAUUGAGGAGAUGGCAUUUUUACCUAUUGAGAGGACAAACACUUCACCUUCACACAAAAUAGUUUAUAAAUACCACCCAUUUUAAUUGCAAUUUUUUGGUAAGUGCUUUUAUGAAUAUUAACAGAUUUAUUGUAUAGUCACAGGUCCUAUUUUCCCAAACUGUUAUAGCAUCCAAAUUGAUUAUUAUAUAUAAAAUGCAACAAAGACAAAACCUUUGCAAAUGAGAAGCUUGUAAAAUACAAAUGUAUAGCCUACAGAUGGAUAUGUAUUUAGCAUAAAAUUCCUGGUUCAUAAAUUGAUAAAACAGUGCUUUGCUAAAAGAAAAGCCAAAAGUACGUCUUUUUUAAAUUAUUUUUUAAACAGUUCUUAAAGGGGCAAUCAGCCGUUGAAAUAUUAAAAAUGUUAUCCCACCCCUGUUCCAGUAAAAAGUUGAGGGAUGGGUCUGGAGAAAUGUAACCACUCAAAUUCAUAGGCAGAGCUAUGGAUGCAAGGACUGACCAUCUAUGAUAUUCAAACUACUGUUUUAGCCACGUUUUGAAGCUAUAAACAGGGUCUGACAUUGACUAUGCCCGACGGAUCUAGUCAGUCACUGGCCCAGUAACUUGAAGACUACAUGCGAUAAAGUCAAGUAUUUGAGCAAUAUGAUUGACCGUUCAUUGAAGCUCCACUUGUUCCCGCAGGUCACAACUACAGCACAUUAAAUGUAAAAAAUGUUUUAUUAACCGAUGGCCUUUACACAGCACACACGAGCUGUCCUGAGCAAAAUAAAUGGUCAUUAAUCCAGUCGCUGAGCUCCUUUACUUUAGGGAAAGCGAUUUACAACCUUCAAUAGUGAACAUACAGUACUAGCAAUAUGCUGGCUACUGUUGAUAGUCUGCUAAAAUAAAGCUACAAAAAGACACCUAGCAUGUGUCUUGGCUAGCCUACAGUAGCGAGUUGAUAUAUUUUGGAAUGUUUGUCUUAAAAAGGGGCAGUGUCCUAUUUAAAAAAUAAUCUCAAAAUGACAUACUUUAGAAUAAAAUGAAUGCAUUUAAUACAAUUCUAAAGAAUAUAGUAAGGACUUGCAUUGCAACAUUAUAUUACACAGCUUUUUAAUAACUAGAUGUAGCCUAUUAAUAGCUGAAUAUAGAGAGAAGCAUGGCAAUCUACAGGCCCCAAUGCAUUUAAAAACUAUUUUUAUUGCCAGUAAGAACUUCCGGAGUACAGACCCCCAGAAAUCGUCCGAUCGCCCUCAAGUGGUAAAAUAAAUAAAAAAGUAUGUAUAAUUUGUAUGAAGGCAUACUUAGACAAAAAAAGUCACUAAAUGAUAAUUAAGAAAUUGUUUAAAAUCUUGGAGGUGAAUGUUGGAAUUAAACAAUUAACUAUGCAAAUGAGCAAAAGGUGUGUGCAUUAAGGAAACAGACGCCAGGCUCAAAUAGAAACCUGUCUCUAAUAAGCGCCCGUUUUGUUCAGUGAUUUAAACAAAUAAAACGCCACGGCUGUUAAAUUGACAUUUUACAGUGGAAUAGUUUUAGAAGACUCCAGGCCACAAGAUGGCAGUAGCUUGUUUAGCAUGUGCCUGCUGUAGCUAAUGUACGCUAACUAGCAAGCUGUGCUAAUUUUGUUUCUAGCUAGAAUUUUUAGAAAGCCCUUGAUACUACAUUGACAUUUUUGUCAUUAAUCAGAGUAUGUUCCCACAGAGGCCCAUUCCCACAGAGGCACAGGGCACAUUGUGAGGUGGUAUUUGAAGGACAAACAGAGUUGAAUAAUUUGGUACACUGUUUAUAUUGAACACAUCCAAGUGAAAUAUAUACUUUGUCAUGACGAUAUAAAAUGGAUGGAUGUGUUCUAGACAAGUAUGCCCAUACCUUCCAUUGGCCUUUUGGCAAUCUGGAGUGCAGGUAAUUGUUUUCAAAGGGCUAUGAAAUGUGAUAGUGUGUUAUCCCCCAUCUCCAGUGAUGAGAACCAUGUAGCUAUGACACGUUCCUACACAAUUUCCUAAUUUCACAGACAGACCACUUAGAAGGUAAAUCAUGGGGAGUUCUCUUUUUUUACCCAUUGAUAAAACACAGGCUUUCAGCAAAUUGACAGAAGUUUGGUGAUUUUUAUUUCUAGGGGUAGAUUACGCUCUAAAAUAGCUAGAUGAGACUACAGCGAUUGCGGUGACAGUAUGACUGCCGCCACACCGGCAGUCAUGAGUCUUGACCGCAGCAAAAUGUCAGCCAAUUUCGGUAAACUCAGUACCGUUAUCUUAAUUUUUUGUCCAGUAUGAACUCAGACCCCUCAAAAGAGCUCCUGAAGCGAACUGAAAAUACAAUUAAGAGGUAGUCUGAGUUCAGGUCAGACAACCUAUCGAAAUGCUCUCCAAAUUCACUUGUCAUUAUCCCGCACCACACACUAGACUACUGCAACACCGUUUCCCCUGCCAUAAACCCUCACAUUGAUGCCACAAGAGAGAAGAUGUGCAGGUUCACGGAAAAAACGUGCCGUUUUUAGAUACAGAUUAGGGAUUGUCAAGAAUGCACAGAAAUUCCAAAAUAUGUGUAAAGAAUUUAGUUCAGAUUAUUUGUUUGCAGUAUGUGAACUAUAGACUAAAAUAGCUUCAUCAAUUGUUAAUUUAAUUGGGGUUUGAAUAGUGUGAAAAGACAACAUAUUUGGUAAGAAUCACAACACAAGAUAUGCCUACAAAAUAAAUUAUAGCUCUUAUAAGGGGCAAUAGCCUACAUUAGGACGCACAGGGCGCUGGAAUUAUAAUGCUGUAAUUAUAAAUUACAGCAUUAUUUAAUCUGCAGUUAUUCUUCUGCUAUUUAUUAUGUUAUUAGUAUUUUCAGAUUGCAUUAAGUUAAAAGAUGCGACAAUAAUUGUAAUCUAUUAGCUUCCAAAACGUAAGUAGGUAUAUAUCUAUACUGAACAAAAAUAUAAAACGCAACAUGUAAAGUGUUGGUUUCAUAUUUUAAGAGCUGAAAUAAAGAUCACAAAUUUUCCAUACGCACAAAAAGCUUCUCUCAAAUGCUGUGCACAAUUCUGUUUACAUCCCUGGUAGUGAGCAUUUCUCCUUUUCCAAGAUAAUCCAUCCACCUGACAGGUGUGGCAUAUCAAGAAGCUGAUUGAACAGCAUGAUCAUUACACAGGUGCAGCUACUGCCGGGGAUAUUAAAAAGCCACUCGAAAAUGUGCAGUUCUGUCACACAACACAAUGCCACAGAUGUCUCAAAUUGAGGGAGUGUGUAAUUGGCAUGCUGACUGCAGGAGUGUCCACCAGAGCUGUUGCCAGAUAAUAAAAACAUAGUUUUAGAGAAUUUGGCAGAAUUUUGCAGGUAUCGUUUUAGAGAAUUUGGCAACCUGCCUCACAACCGCAGACUGUGUAACUACGCCAGCCCAGGACCUCCACAUCCGGGAUCGUUGGAGAGACCAGCCAUCCGGAGAGCUGAUGAAACUGAGUAGUAUUUCUGUCUGUAAUAAAGCCCUUUUGAGGGAAAAAAAAUAAAAUAAUCAUUCUUAUUGGCUAGGCCUGGCUCCCCAGUUGGUGGGCCUAACUCCCAAGUAGGUGGGCCUGUGCCCCACCAGGCCCACACAUGGCUUUGCCCCUGCCCAGUCAUGUGAAAUCCCUAAAUUAGGGCAUAAUUUAUUUAAAGUGACUAAUUUCCUUAUGAACUGUAACUCAGUAAAAUCUUUUAAAUUGUUGCAUUUAUAUUUCAGUUCAGUAUAGCUGUCUGAUAACACAUUGAUGGAAUGGCUUGUCCUGCUAAUGUUAAAAACCCAAAGUGCAUUGCAUGAAUGUUGGGAAAAUAUCUUGGUUCUUUUCUAAACAUAGAAGGCCUGCAUCCCGGAGUCGCAUCUUCACUGUUGGCAUGGAGACUGGUGUUUUGUGGGUACUAUUUAAUGAAGCUGCCA